GUGUACCGCCCCACGGCGAAAGUAGUCCUCUCGUAGCGGUAUUCGUAGCCCUGUUUUCGCGAGGGACGGCCGAUCGACACGUUGUUGGCCCGCGUGCACGUGUUGAAAUCACGUCUGGAAACGAGGAUCGUCCACUUGGAGGUGACACGAGAUCGGAUCCGUGGAUACAUAGAGGGAAACCUUUGUGCGAGAGAUUCAGCGUCUGGACGCGUGGGUGACAGAGGCGGUUCGCGCCCUGCGUGUACAAGUUUUGGCGGUAACAUCGAACGUGUCGUGGGUUUUCUCGUCCCACCGAGGGAAGCAAUCGGCUAUCAGCUGAAUUUCAAGAUCGGAACAACAGUGGAAUCAGCGGGAGGAGUAUCGAGCGUAGAGAGGAAGGAGAACGUGGAUCGUCGACCGCGAUCGGUCGCUGCGUAGUGCGCGCGCGCGUGCUGCGUCCGUGUGCGAGUACCGUGCGGUUGUGUGAGAGCGCGCUUCGAGCGUCAAACGACCAUGCACAUAAUCGCCUUUUCCGUCUUCCUUUGUUACGGGAGUUCGUAGUACUCCGUUUUGCGCGAUAAGCAGAUAGCUAGGAAGGAAAACCGACUGAAACGUCGAUGAACGUACUACCGUACUAAAGGUAAUAAUGGCCGCUGGCUUGUUGGCAACCUCGGAGUCGGACAGAUGAAACGAGAAGUUUAACAAACUUCCUGUACCGAAAGGACGUUCUGUCGCGUUUCUUCGAGAGGAAAACCGUGUGGCGGGACCCAGCGGUGGACACGCUCGUUUCCGCGGUGAGGAGCCAGGAGCCACGUGCCCCGUUCGCGAGUUAGGUGGAGUCCCAUGUGCAAAGUGGGUGGAGGCUGCAUCGUGAGGCUGGCUUCCCCGUUAUCGCAGAUUAAAGGCUCGUCCACCGAGCGUUCAAACGCACCACCGUCGUCCCGAUUUGGUAUAGCGAAUAAUGGAUUCCUAGCGUAAGGGUGCUCGACGAAUUUACCAUCGACGUCGGCGUUGAUUGCAUUCGAGAGGGUAACACACGGUUUUCACCAUGAAACGGAGCGCGGAUGGUAGAAACAUUACUCAAGAGGAGGUUGAUGAUCACGAUCCUCUGCAAGUGCAGCAACAGCAACAGCAGCAGCAGGAGGAAGUCGAACAGCAACAACAGCAGCAGCAACAGCAACAACAACAAUUGGAUCAACAGAAUGCUCAACCUCAGAUUCGUUUCUUAAGUGCGAACGUGUUGCAACAAUUGCAGCAGCAGCAGGAUGCUCAGCAGCAAGCAGCUCAGCAGCAGCAACAGCAACAGCAGCAGCCGCAGGUUAUCACUCUGCAGCAGCUGCAGAACUUUGUGCCUUUACAGACCCAGCAGCCACAGCACGAUCAACAGAGGGCCCAGACGAUAUCCGUACAAUCCCUGCCCCAGCAGUUUCUGCAGGGCGCUCAGUUGAUCAGCACUCAGGCUCAAGCGGCUCUACAGCAGCAGCAGCAGCAGACCCAGCAGCAGCAGAAUCAGCAGCAAGCGCAGCAGCAGCAACAGCAGCAGCUCAGUUACAGCGUGAUACCACAGAUGCAGACGGUUAACAUCGAUGGACAAGAGGCGCUUUUUAUUCCGUCUUCCGCGAUGUCUGCUGCCGGGCAUCAUCAGACCCAGCCCACGAUGCAGUUCACCACUGCUAACGGGCAGCAAGUUCAACUUGCCAGCCAACAAGUGCAACUAGCCAAUGGCCAGACCAUUAUCACACCGCAACCAGUUAGUUUGAUAAGAGCACCCAAUGUCUUUCCUUCCAUUAUACAAAAUAUCACUGGCCAGACAGUUCAAUUGCCAUCAGGGCAAAGCGUACAGGUCAGGCCACUUCAGUUCCCGAUGCAACACGUGCAGCAAACCGUGCCCGUGCAAGUGCCAGUCACCACUAACAACGGACAGACCGUGUAUCAGACUGUACAUUUCCCGGUCCAAGCGUUGUCCAGCGUGUUCAAUGUGCCUACCACGCAGAUGAUACCACAGAUCACCCAGCAGAUCCCACAGAUGGCUCAGAUAAUUACGCCCAACGGACAGAUCCAGCAAGUCCAAAUAGCUAAUUUACAGCAGCUUCAAAGUUUGCAGAGCCAACAAGUGACGCAAGUAGCUCAGCAAGUCGCGCAGCAGCAGGCGCAACAAGUAGUGCAACAGCAGGCCCAACCACAGGUAGUGCAAUCGGUUCAGCAACAGCAACAACAGGUGGCUCAGGCUCAAGCGCAGCAGCAGCAGCAGCAGCAACAACAGCAGCAGGUACAGCAAGUCGUUCAACAAGUUAUACAACAGCAGCAACAACAGCAACAGCAGCAGCAGCAGCAACAGCAAGCUCAGCAGGCGCAACAGCAGUCGUCCGCACCUUCGUCCACUGUGGCGACGUGGAGCACGACUGUAACGACUCCGAGCAACGUGCAGGUGCUUGGAAUCGGAGCAUUGGGGAGGUCAGGGAACAACGUGAUUACGACGAAGGAUGGACAGAAGAUCGACGUGACGUCGUUAUCGGCUUUGACGAGGCCACCGGAAUCGGUGGAGGGUGAUAUAAAAGUGACGAGUAUCGACGCUAGACAGUUAGCCAGUGGUCAAGUGAUACAUAUACCUGCUGCCCAAACGACGCAGCCGACUAACAUCCAGCCGAUUACAAUUGCGGGUGCACAAGGGCAACAGUUGACUCUGAUUCCCGCGUCAGCGUUAGCUAACUUGACCACCCAGCAAGGUAGCAUGAUGCGGAGCGUCGGCAGCGGUGGUAUAAUGCAGAUUCAGCCGGGAAUGAAUACGACGAACGGUUUCCUUCAAUCGAUACCCGUGCAGAAUAUUCCCGGGCUUGGUAACGUGCAAGUUAUACCAGCCAGCGCGCUUCAACCGGCUACUGUUCAAACAUUGCCAACGGCCGCGACGACUCCCAUCGUCGCUGCGCCGACGGUGCAAUUAGAAUCGAACGAUCCACCCAAAUGGCAGAUUCUGCAAACUCUUCAGUCGAACAACACGUUAACGACGCCUGCCCCAGUAUCGCAUCAGCAACAUCAAGUCACCACUGCGUCGCCUGCGAACAACGAAGCCGAGACCACCAAGCAGCAUCGCAGAAGAGUCGCCUGCACGUGUCCCAACUGCGGUGACACCGAUAGGAACAGGGACGUCACGAGGAAACGACAGCACGUAUGCCAUAUAGCGGGUUGCAAUAAGGUCUAUGGUAAGACUAGCCAUCUCCGGGCGCAUCUGAGGUGGCACACCGGGGAACGACCGUUCGUUUGUAGUUGGAUAUUUUGCGGUAAGAAAUUUACUAGAUCGGACGAGCUGCAGAGGCAUCGAAGGACCCACACCGGCGAGAAACGAUUCCAGUGUCCCGAGUGCACGAAAAAGUUCAUGAGAUCGGAUCACUUGACCAAACACAUUAAAACGCAUACGAAAAUACGGAGCACGGAAGCAGCUACUUCGACACAGGAAGGUUCCUCCGACAGUCAAUCUUCCACCGACGAGAAGAUUAUAAUCGCGAUGCAAAAGACGGAGCAAACGGAUAUCAUUAUAACCGAACAAAUAGACGAAAUGAAACAAGCUCAACCGACGAAUCAUGUGACAAACGAAUGAGGAAACAAAGUAGAAUUAUAUUGUUUCCCUCUAAUAGCAGACUGGAGUUGUAGGUAUAUACAGAAAUGCCGUUGAUUGUUACGUUUGAUGACACCGAUGAGAGAUAGAUGAAUUUAAAUAGCGUUACGUUGUUUAUGGCGAUUUGCAAACGUUAUUUGAAGUUACUCCCUAGGCGACUAGGCUAAAGAGACGGGAGUGAAAAAUUUUCUACAGGCAUUAUCGUCAUCUUGAUAAUGAUUAUAUUUUUGUAUGAAUCAGCCGACGUCUGUAAGUGUAAAUAUUGUAUGUACAGUUGUAUAUUAUUUGUAAAGAAAAGAUACAUCUUUUGCACAAAAUGAAUUUUACACUUAUAAACAGUUUUUGAUAUUACGAUGUAGAGGAAUGGUCAGUCUUUCACCUUAAUAUAAUGAAAUUUUUACCGCACAUAGGUACGAUAAAUAGUGUUGCCUUCGGUUUCAGGCUUAUCAUUUCGAUAGAAUAAUAUACCGAAUAAAAUGAUCAGAGGUAA